GGCAAAAUAUUACUAUUGCAAAAACCGGGCGCCCUAUGAUGGCCAUAAGUGCAUGCUUUGGUGGUCCAAUGUUGAAUAUUCUUUUAGGCAUUGGCUUGAGUGGUACUUAUGUGACAACCAAAACUGGGGUUCCUUACAAAAUUAGUGUUGAACCAACAUUGUUGGUAUCAUUAGUUGGUUUAUCGAUAACAUUAUCUUCUGCUCUCAUAUACCUGCCACGAAACGAAUACCGUAUGUCCCGCGCUUGGGGAUAUUAUUUAAUUUCAGUUUAUACAAUAGGUAUGAUUGUAAAUGUAAUAAUGGAAUUAUCAAUGCGAGGGAUAGAUUAA